AUGAGGAGAAAAAUGGAAAUUCUAAAUCAACUCAAGACCGAUCAGAACGGUUUAAUUCCUGCCAUUAUACAGGAUGACGAAAACAAAGAGGUCCUCAUGGUUGGCUAUAUGAACCGCGAGGCAGUGCGGAAGACAUUAGAAUCAGGGCGUGUCUGCUUCUGGAGCCGCUCCCGCCAGGAAUACUGGAUCAAGGGGGAGACUUCAGGGCACACGCAAACCGUGCGAACGGUCACCUUUGAUUGCGAUGGUGAUGCGCUGUUAAUCAAAGUCGAACAGAAAGGCGGAGCGUGUCACACCGGCUAUCGCUCCUGUUUCUUUCGGGAAGUCUCCCCCGAUGGCAAUUCCACGCACAUUGUUGGUGAUAAGGUUUUCGAUCCAGAUGCAGUAUACUGA